UCAACCUCUAACUGCUGCCACCAGCCCAACUGAAAAAGAUGGACACAUGCUUCCCAACUGUCCCCGAUUUUUGGCUAUCAGUUUUGGUCUCCUCCUCUACUCUCAAAAUGUUUUCUACCCCCACAGCACCUAACAGACAGCAUUAUUGUCAGCAAUUCCAUUUAAAGCUAACACUGUUAGCAAUCCUCUCUAAAUGGACGGUAUUACACCUGCUAAUGGAGACCUUCGUUUACGCAGUUAAUACAUCUUUAAAAAGCCAGUAUUGCUAAAUUACGCUCAGAAAUCUGCACGCAGUAAAGUACGAAGAGUACGCCAAGGUACCCCUCUUCGUUUAAGAUAGUGAAUUUAUUUGUCACCCAUCUCUUUGAGUAAAAGAUUAACAGCUCUGCCAACAAGUCAUCCAUGAGUUGAGUUAACAGAAUUCCACGACCUAAAACCGUGUAGCCACAGACCAGUUGCUGUCGCAUGGAUCUUCAAGCAGUGACGGGACUUAUUGUUUCGCUUGAGCAUAGGUGCUUUCAAGAUCAAACCUAUCACGGGUGUGUUUUCUGUAAAAUAUUAUUUGCACCUAAUCCUCUCUUUCUUCCCACCUCACAGUAAAAGUAAAUAGCGCGGACACACUCCCAUCAGUGUCGAAGUUAAAGAAUAAAACAUAGAAGGUAUCUGAAGAAACACUGAGGCUAUUUGUAUAUCACCUUGCAGUUUGAUCACGAGGGCAGUAAGUGUUACAGCCAGGUUUCAGUCGACGUGCGGACAAGACUCUUACUGGUGCUCACCUGUUUUACGGCUCUCUUCUGAUACUCCCAGCGGAGGAGGGAGGGACAGUAAACGUGAGGAGCCAGGAAGCGGCUCUAGGGUUGGGAAUGUCUGUGGUUGACUCAUACUGUAACUUUCCUGCAAGUUACUGCAACACUGCUAUUGGUAAACAACAGUGGGAUUACGAAGUCUAUUUUUCUUCACAUUAUUUCACCGGGAUUCGGGAAAGGCCCACAAGCUGGAAUUUGUGAUUGCGGCAGCAGAAAACUGUUCCCGUUUGGUAGAAGUUUCCAUUUCCUAAACACAGUGUUUAUCCAGUUUCUGUUGGCAGCAAUUCAUUGUACUCUGUAGAUUUUGACUGGAAUAAAUCAUCUUGGUCAAUAGAAUCAAAAUACUUUGGGAGGCAUAACCCACUACAAACAUUUGGAAGUGCUGCUUUUCUCCAGGCUUCAAACAUGGAGGAGCUGAUGUGGGAACAGUUCACUGUGACCUUGCACAAGGAUCCCAAAAGAGGUUUUGGAAUUGCCAUUUCUGGAGGCAGAGACAACCCUAAGUUUGACACUGGUGACACUUCCAUAAUUGUCUCUGAUGUAGUAGCUGGAGGUCCUGCAGAUGGGUUACUUCAAGAAGAUGACAGAGUGGUCACGGUAAACACCACCCCCUUGAUAAAUGUUCCAUAUUCAUUUGCUGUUCAGCAGUUAAGGAAGUGUGGAAAAGUAGCACAGAUUACAAUAAAGAGAGCACGAAGAAUUCCAGUAUCACCUGUGAGAAAACCUGUGUCAACAGAACCAGAUGAAAGAAUGUUAAACAUGAUUGAAGAUGAAGUCGAAUAUGAUCGCAGAAGUGCUCAUAGCUGGGAUAGUAGAGACCGAAGUCCUGACAGAGGCUUUAGCAGAGAUAUUGGCUUCAUUGCUGAGAACAGCCGUGGUAGGCCGUAUGAGAGAAACAGAAGCCCUGAGCACGACUACAGAAGAGACCACAACCGUGGCAGGAGCACUGACAGGGACAGAAGCCCAGAGCAUGACUACAGGAGAGAUCACAGUCGUGGAAGAAGCCUUGACAGGGGUUUAAGUCCUGAUCGUGACUAUAGAAGGGACCACGUUCAUGACAGAAACAUAGACAGGGACCAUAUUUUUGAACGGAGAUAUGACAAAGACCAUAGCCCUCCAAGAGGUUAUGGGCAAAGAGAGCAUUCUGAUUUCAGAAGUGAAAGACCAGUGGCUAGGAGCCAGAGUCGAGAGCGACAUCUUUCCCGUAGUCCUUCUCCAGUGUCCAACAAAGAUUCCAGGCACUACAGAGAUCAAGAGAUGGAAAGGCCCCUAACUGUUAAUCUGUCGAAAAACAAGCCAAAUGAAGAAUAUGGCCUAAGGCUUGGUAGCCAGAUUUUCAUUAAGCAGAUGACCGAUACUGGAUUGGCGUCUAAAGAUGGUAAUUUGCAAGAAGGUGACAUUAUUUUAAAGAUCAAUGGAACUGUAACAGAGAACCUUUCUCUAGCUGAUGCCAGAAAAAUAAUAGAGAAGUCGAGAGGAAGAUUGCAGCUAGUGGUCCAGCGAGACAGCCGGCAGACUCUUAUCAACAUCCCUCCUCUAGAUGAUAGUGAAUCUGAUCAUGAAGACAUUUCAGACAUUGAGUCAAACCAUUCACGUUCCCCCCCACAAGAUCGAAAGUCACAGCAUUCUGAUUUGUCAUCACAUUCAUCAACUGAAAAGCUAAAGGAGAAGUCAAGUGCAAAGACUGAACCACCAAAUCGAAUGGCUAAAAUGGGUGCCAUGCCCACUCCAUUUAAGGUAACAACUGAUACCCCAGCUGUCGCUGCAGAACCAGAAACUGAUCACAGUCAUUUGGAGGAACCUCCAGGUGUAGCAAGACCCUCACCAGGAAAAGCAAGUAUGAAAACAGUUCCAGAAGUUCGUUCAGCUCCUAGGGUAUACCUUCAGCCCAGUGAAGAAGAUAUUCAGAUAUAUGGUGCAAAUACAAAGAUGGUGAGGUUCCAGAAAGGAGAAAGUGUUGGUCUUCGACUGGCUGGAGGUAAUGAUGUAGGCAUAUUUGUUGCUGGUGUCCAGGAAGGCAGUCCAGCAGAUCAAGAGGGGCUUUGUGAGGGUGAUCAAAUCCUGAAGGUGAAUAAUCAAGAUUUCAGAUGCCUUAUUCGUGAAGAUGCUGUACUUUUUCUGCUAGAAAUUCCCAAAGGAGAUGAUGUGACGAUAUUAGCCCAGAGCAAGUAUGAUGUUUAUAAAGAGGUACUUGAAUCUGACAGAGGAGACAACUUUUUCAUCAGAACUCAUUUUGAAUAUGAAAAGGAAAGUCCGCAGAGUCUGCCUUUCAUCAGAGGGGAUGUGUUUAAAGUGGUAGAUACUCUCUAUGAUGGGAAGCUGGGAAGCUGGCUGGCUGUACGUCUAGGCAGGGAUGCUAAACCUUUGGACAAAGGCAUUAUUCCAAACAGAAGCAGAGCAGAGCAGAUUGCAAAUAGCCAGAAUUUGAAAAGUACUUCAAAUGACCGUGGAGAUUUUUGGAGACUGCGUGGACAAAGGUCUGGAGGAAAGAAAAAUCUGAGGAAGAGCCGGGAAGAUCUUACUGCUAUUCCUGCUAGCAGCAAAUACCCUGCUUAUGAGAGAGUGGUUUUGAGAGAAGCUGGUUUCCGUAGACCGGUAGUGCUUUUUGGCCCAAUAGCAGAUGUUGCAAUGGAGAAGCUUGCAGCUGACUUACCUGAUCGCUUCCAGGUUGCUAAGACGGAGCCCAGGGAUGCAGGCUCGGAAAAGCCAACUGGUGUUGUGCGUUUGAACACUGUGAGACAAAUUAUAGAGCAGGACAAGCAUGCACUACUGGAUGUUACUCCAAAGGCUGUAGAGUUGCUGAACUAUACUCAGUGGUAUCCAAUUGUGAUCUUCUUCAAUCCAGAUAGCAAAAGUGGGGUUAAAACUCUGAGACAAAGGUUGGCAUCCACAUCCAACAAGAGUUCGCGCAAACUUUAUGACCAGGCAAACAAGUUAAAGAAAACUUGUGCUCAUAUUUUCACAGAAAUAAUUAAUUUGAAUUCAGCCAAUGAUGCUUGGUACGGAAGUUUGAAAGAUGCUAUCGAUACUCAACAGUGUCAGUCAGUGUGGGUGUCUGAAGCAAAGGUAGAAGGAACUGAAGAAGAUGCCGAUCUUGAUGAACGUAUGUCAUACCUGACAGCAAUGGGGGCAGACUACUUGAGCUAUGAUAGCCGCCUGACAAGCGAUCUUGAAGAUGCUGAUGGAGAUGGAGGAGCGUAUACCGAUAAUGAGCUGGAAGAAAUGAUAGAUGAACCACAGGUUUCAUCUUUAGGUAGAUCUUCAGAACCAGUUCACAAUGAUGAGAUUCUGCGAAGACCUAGCCCUGAACCAAAAGCUCAGAUGAGAAGGGCAGGUAGCAGAGAGUUACUCAGAGAGCCAAGUCCUCCUCCAUCUUUCAAACCAGAGCCACCAAAGGCUAAACUGCAGCAGAAAGAAGAGAUGCCUUAUCCACAGUAUGAUAUCGGGAAGAACUAUGAAAUCAAACCUGGAAUUCAGACUCCUCCUAGCAGUGAACAUCCCCAGGCUGCAGUUGGAUCAGUUUCUAGAGUUGGACCUCCACCUGUGGCAAUGAAACCUGCCUUUGGUGGUCGAGCAGUUGUUAAGCCAGCAGCACUGCCAACUAAUUUUCAUGCACAGGAGGAACAGCCUGCAACAAAUGAGGGAGAGAAUGUUCCAAAGUCUGUUCUGGGGAAAGUGAAAAUAUUUGAAAAUCUGGACGUCCAAGCAAGGACACAACGAAUGCUAGAACUACAGGAGGCUGAGAAUGCAAGGCUGGAAUUAGCCCAGAAGAAUCCAGACUUGUAUGCAGUUCCAGUCAAACCAUCUCAACAAGUCAGUUCUCGACCUCCAGAGCCUCAGAAACCUUAUUCCACACAAAAUUACCAUGAAAACAGAGCAAGUUACGGAAGUGAUGCAGAUGAAGAAGAGUAUCGCAGGCAACUAGCAGAUCAGGCAAAACGUGGUUACUAUCCUCAGCCUUCCAAGUACAGAGACACUGAACUGUAGACCGAUGAGUGCCUCUGGGGAAGCAUUCACUGUGGAAAAUUGCUGGGAGUUAAGUAUUGGAACUGGUCUUUUGUAUUACUGGUGGAAUGAACUUUAGCAGGUCACUUUGGACGAGCACUGCUUUGUAUUACUACAGUUUUCUGAAGCUCUCAGACCUGUUCCGUAUACAGUCAGGCUAGAGUGGCACCCUGGAAAGUACAAAUUCUACAAUUCUCUCUUGAUUUCCUGUGAUCAGACAUGUUGUUCAAGGCUUUCACAUCUUCCUUAAUUUCUUAUUCUAAUCACCUUUUGACAACAUGUAAAGAUACCAUUUUAUUAAUGUUUUAUAAAGUGAUCAUAAUUAUCUCCAGCAUAAAUUUAUCUGAACUGUUCUGUAUAGAUUUGAAGCAAAAGUGCCUUUUAUUUCUCUGCCAGUAUGCAACCUAUUGCGUUGUUUCCAGUAAUUUACGAAAGCCAUAAUGAUCAAUUUCUGUAUAGCUUAAUUAAAUUGUCACCUUUUGUAAUUUGUUCAUUAGACUUAUUAUUGUACAAGUAAGUCUCUGAAUUAUUAUGAAACUUUACUGCUGUAAUUUGUAUAUACGGUACUGUGGGUUUGUAUUAUGGAUUCUACAAAGUUUGAUGUGUUUUUCUAUACUUGCUUGGAAGGUGGGAUCUUGAAAUAAAUUUCUCGUAUAACAGA